AUGGUGGCGACCGCGUCCUCUGUGAAUUCCUUCCAUUUCUCUGCUUCGGCUCGACGGCCACCGAUCAAUCCGCCAUCGUUAAACCUCGCUCGACUAUCGUCCACCUUCUCCUCUUUCACCCAGCCACUUAUCGGGGAGCUCCGACAAGCUCCGGCGAGCGUCGGUGUUGCCAGGCUGAUCGAGAAAGCUUCUGGGAGAUUGCUGGAUGCAUUUGUAGACUUCGCUUUCCAAUUUGCAGAUCAGCCAUGGCUCCCUUCGCAGAGCAAUUUCAUGUCAGUGGACGAGGUGGAUGAAGCGGUGAACAUUACAAAUAUAGAAGGAGAGAUCCCUAAUGAUUUUCCUGAUGGAGUUUAUAUCAGAAAUGGAUCUAACCCGCUGUUCGGCACGCUUCAGUCUUCCUCCUCCCUGCUCGGCCGAUCCAGUGAGACAUGGGUGGAAGGCGAGGGCAUGCUCCAUGCCCUCUCCUUCUCCCGGGCUACCGCCGGCGGCUGGGUGGUGUCCUACAAAAACCGCUUUGUUGAAUCAAUAUCUUUCCAACUCGAGCGCCGCCGCAACCAUCCUGCCUUCCUUCCAGUCAUCGAAGGUGACGCUCCCGCCAUCCUCGCUUCUUCCCUCCUCAACCAGCUAAGGUUUGGGAAAGUGGCGAAGGAUCUCAGCAACACUAAUGUGUUCGAGAUAUCUGGGAAAUUCUUCGCUAUAUCGGAGAACCACAUGCCGGUGGAGAUAGAUUUAUUAAGUCUCGAGACGACCGGCAAUUGGGAUCUCCGCGAAGCGUGGAAUCGGCCGUUUAUUGCUCAUCCCAAGAAAGCUCCAGGAGGAGAGCUUGUUUUCGUUGGGGCGGACGGGAGAAAACCAUUCCUUGUUCUCGGCAUUGUCUCAGCGGAUGGAAAAGUGCUAAAACAUAAGGUUGACCUCAAGCUUGAGAGAGGCAUCAUUUGCCAUGAUAUUGGAGUAACUAGAAGAUACAAUAUAAUUCUGGACAUGCCGCUGACGUUUGACUGGGCUAGGCUGUUGAAAGGCGGCCCGUUGGUGAAAUAUGAUAAAGAAAGUUAUGCAAGAAUUGGUGUGAUGCCUCGCUAUGGAGAUUCUGAUUCGAUUAAAUGGUUUGAUGUCCAGCCGUUCUGUACCUUUCACAUUGUAAACUGCUAUGAGGAUGGAGAUGAGGUGGUUGUAAGGGGUGGUCGAUCACUGGGAUCAAUAAUUCCCGGCCCGGAAUUAGGAAGAAACAAAUUUCAGUGGUUCUCUAGUGGUUUUAAACUAAAAUCAACGGUAGAAGAUAGUGAUGAUAAUUCCAAUCAAGGUCUCUUCCUGAGUCGCUUACAUGAGUGGAGGUUGAACAUGAAAACUGGGAGUGUGAGGGAAAGAUAUAUAACUAGAAGUGAUUUCUUCUACGAGUUCCAUAUAUGCAAUGAUCUCUUUGUAGGCUUACACAACCAGUAUGCUUAUGCACAAGUUGUGAAUUCUGUAGCAAGCUCUAUCUGUGGAUUGCCAAAGUAUGGAGGGCUCGCAAAAUUCCACCUUGAUGAGAAAGAUAGUACUAGAAUGGAAAAUAAUGGCGAUGGAUACAUAAAGAUAGAGAGACACCAGCUUGGUGCAAAUGAGUUUUGCUCUGGAGCAGCAUUUGUCUCUAAAAAGGGUGGCGUUCAGGAAGAUGAUGGUUGGGUAAUCUCUUUUGUUCACAGUGAAGAUACAAAUACAUCUCAAGUUCACAUAAUUGAUGCGAGAAACUUUGAGGGUGAACCUGUUGCAAAAAUAACUUUACCCAAACGAGUGCCCUAUGGAUUCCAUGGAGCUUUUUUCCCAAUGCUUGACAGACUAUGAUAUAUAUAUAUGGGAAAUUUACAGACAAUCUCACAAUUCUCAUGUUUUUGCAUAUCCGACCAACACCUUAAGUUUGAUAUUUACAUUUAUAACAUUUUGUUGUCAUAAACUUAUGCGUGGAAUGUGU